AUGUCCAAAGAGGAACACAAGCAGUCCCCAACUGCUAAAAUCAUUGCCAAGGACUGCCAAUAUUGCCAGAAUUGUAGGAAAGACAAUAUUCCGGCACAGCCAAAUGAAGUGAUGCUUUCAGACUUCCUGAGGAAAUGGCCUCUUUUCUUUGAGGUUCCAUUUGACUCGAAUAUGAACAGGACAAAAAACAGACCCCUGGUGCGAGGACAGAUCAGCCCUCUGCUCGCUGUCUCCUUCGCUGUCUCCUGUGCAGUUCCAGGACUUGCCCUGCUGACCUUGGGAGUGAAUCCUCUUACUGGGACCCUGGGAGCCUUCAACAUUGUCCUGUACACGUGCUGCUACACCCUACUGAAAAGAAUUAGCAUUGUCAACACCUGGGUGGGAGCCGUGGUUGGUGCCAUUCCCCCCAUCAUGGGCUGGACAGCAGCAACAGGCAGUCUGGAUGCAGGAGCAUUGGUACUGGGAGGGAUCCUCUACUCAUGGCAAUUCCCUCAUUUCAACGCACUGAGUUGGGGCCUUCGUGAAGAUUAUUCCAGAGGUGGCUACUGCAUGAUGUCUGUCACUCACCCAGCAAUGUGCAGGCGGGUGGCUCUCCGGCACUGUUUUGCCUUAAUUGGACUUUCGUCAGUGGCUCCCAUCUUUAAUGUCACCACAUGGACUUUCCCCAUAAUUUCUCUUCCCAUCAAUCUGUACAUUUCCUACCUUGGCUUUCGUUUCUACAGGGAUGCAGACCGCAGCAGUUCCAGGAAGUUAUUUUUUUGCAGCCUCUGGCACUUGCCACUUCUCCUCUUGCUGAUGCUAACAUGCAAGAAAUCUUUGUAUAAGAACAACAAAAAGGAGACCGUGAACUAAGAGCACAAUGUUGUGUUGAAAAAGCAUUGUUGCCUUUUGUGAAAACUGGCUCCAGAACCACUUAUUCAAAUUAUGUCAGUAAUCAUGCAGAGUGGGGAGGUUUAUGUUGACACUGUUCAGAAAAUCUGUUGUGUCCAGUGAUUGAUCUCAGAUUAAAGGAUGUUGUUUGGGGCA